AUGUCCAAUCCGGUAUAUUUAACUCUGGGAUGUUUCGUAUCGCUCCUGGUAAUUGUACAUUCGUCACCUUUCAAUGAUCCGUGUACUCUGAUGCCCAAUGGCCCGGCUCUUCCUGGUGAUGAUGAAAUUAAAGACGUCUUCACGACUACUUCCUGUUUAAACGGAAGUAUCUGGUGGAAUUACCCACGUGGUACACUCAGAGUUCACUUCCGGUAUACAGACAGUUCUAAAGAGUUCAGAGUAUGUCUAAAAUCUGGCAUUGGACCAUCUUUUAGAGCUGCCUAUGACGUAACAGGGGGAAAGCAUAAAGUUUUUCCAGUUCCACAAGGUCGAGAUGAAGAGCAAUGUACUGAAUCAGUUGCUGCAGAAAUUAUCCUCUUGGUAGAACAACCCCCCUUCCAGACUUACAUGACUUUAUAUGAUUAUAAAUUAGAGUUCAUUAAUUAA